AUGUCCACCAGAUCCUCGCGACCGGACCUCACCGGACCACUCCCAGCUCCUACUAGCCAGCUCCAGAUAAAGAAGAAGACGGCAGGGACGGCCGACUCUCUGAGCACGACAGACCACAUGAACAACCCCGACUCUCAGAGCAAGAAGAGAGACGAAGCCAUGGAUCUAGACGAUCCGUUGACAUCCUCGGAGGUUACCCAGAAACGCCAAGACAGCCCAGAAAUAGUAACCAUGACCAAGAAAGAGAAGAUCUGCUUCUUAGUCAAGGAGCACGUCGCCAUCUGGAAGAACUUUGAGAAAGAGAAAGCGUCGGGAGUAACCAACGAGCUCAAAACUAUUAUUCACCAAGCGCAAGAAUCCCAGAAAGCGCUACAGAAACUGAUAACCAAAGAAGAGCUCGAAGGAUACGUCAAGGGAUGGAACCCCUGGGACGCCAAACGAGAAUUAUUCCCUCCACCACCGAAGAAAGAGGGCAAGAAGAAGAGCUUGUAA